UCCUUGUCUCUUCCAUGAGUUUGCUGUUCCCUUUUACAAUCUAUUAAGCCAAUUAUUCUCCAUUUUACAUACGGAGCUUGGUCGGAAAACAUGUCUAGGACCACAAAGAAAGCAAUCGAACAACUUGUCCAAGGCAGGGAAUUGAUGAAUCAGCUACCAGAUCGUCUCUCUAAUUCAGUAGGCGAUGAGUCAGGGUUAGUGGGGAGUGAAGAUCUAGUUAUCAAAAUCCGCAACACUAUCUCUAAUACCCUCUCCAUUUUAACAAACUAUAUUACUCCCUUGAUAAUAAGCAUGGGAAACCCUAAACCCUAAAAUCCCGUCCACCACCCCAGGGCCUGCCUCACGCCCAGAACCCUUUAACCCAAACCAAAAGGUGAACCCGGAACACAAGACCCAACACCAACACCCAGCAUAAGCCUUCCAGCCCGCUCCUACGUUAGUGGCUUCUAUUUUAAAUACCAUUCACAUACUGAUUUCCCCCCCCCCCCCCAUGUGAGAUCUUUUGCUUCUGCCAGGGAGACUUAUUCUUUUUAGCUUUCCCAGCCUUGGAUUCUUUGGAUUUCUUUCCCUUUCCUUUUACAAUGCUUUUGUUUCCUCCAAAACUGUAAUCCCCGAAAUGGGUAUUUUUCCUCUCUCCAUUUUCCUAUUAAAAAUUUGAUCUUUUUCGAGGGUGGAUCUAAAAAUAUGGGCGAUGGAGGAUAUAGGGCUUUUCAAGGAGGGCUGGAAAUGGUUGGAAUAUCAGAAACAUGUUUACUCCAAGGCGAAAACAGCUGUUUCUUGGUGUAGGGAUAAAAUCGGGUUGUUAAUGGAGAGGCAUUGGCCUAUGGUUUGCAGUGGAUGUGUUGGUUUCUGCAAGUUUUCGAGGUUAGUUUUGGUUUAUUGGAAAGAUUGUUUGGUGAGAGGGUUUUAGUCAUGCAUCCAAUUGGGCCCAGCUUCGUUGCUUGUCAUGAUGUGGAGCUGUUUCCUCAGCUUGACUUCCAUGUCUUCUUGCUUUAUGUGCUUUUGAGUAUGGAUGUAUGCGGAUGUGAUAGAUUUAAGAGUAGUUCUAUUGGGGAUGUGGUUGAAAAAAUUGAGCGGAAGGACAACUACAUGGGCCUUAUGAGGGGAUGGAUUCCUCGAAUGCUUUUCCAUGCUCCUGCUGCUGCAAUAUGUUGGUCUACAUAUGGCGCAGUAAAAACUUUCUUCCAAGAACUCAAUGCUAACACUGAAAGUGGCACAUAAGGAAAUUGUGAAUCUGCAGCUGCAUGAGCAACAACAAAAGCUAUGAGGAAGUUUUGCUUCCCACGGAGGAUGGGAAAGCAAUGCAGGCAUGCCACAGGCCAAAUUAACUGGCGUACAAGGUGUAUACAAGGUAUUUGCUAAAAUCAAUUGAAUAAUAAAUGUCAAUGGUCAAAUUCUAGCCAGGAACCUGUAAAAUGGUCCUAUACUUUUUUAUUUUAGGUCUCAUGAAAAUGCGAGUUAGGAUGUUUUGAGUUUUAAGGAGGAAGA